AUUGUGAAAUGUUAAAAUGGCGUCUUCUCAGGACGCUUGGUAUUUGUCGUUGCUCGGUCUGGCCGAGAAUUUCCGUACGUCAAACCCGCCCAACAUCAAAUCGUGCAUCCAGUGUUUACAAGCGGUUUUCCAUUUCAAGCCGCCGCAACGCGUUGAGGCGCGCACUCAUCUUCAGCUCGGCAACAUCCUGCUUACGCACACGAAAAACAUCGAUUUGGCGCGAUACCAUCUAGAUCAAGCGUGGCGGUUAAGUCAGAAUAUAAAUACAUUCGACGAUGUGAAAUUUGAAGCAGCCAGCAUUGUCGCGGACCUGUAUGAGCAACAACAACAGCAGCUGCAACCAAACUUGAGUAAACCAAUUUUGAGGAAGGCAAUAGAAUUGUCUCAGCACAAUGUCUACUGGCAUUGCAGACUUAUCUUUCAGCUUGCGCAAAUUCAUGCCUCAGAGAAAGACUUUGUCGCAGCAAGUAGCUUACUUGCAGUAGGCGUUGAUUAUUCCCACAUAAGUAACGCUGGUUAUACCAGAGUUCUCUUUCUUUUAAGCCGAUGUAUGCUAUUAUUAAUAGAUAAGAAGUUCACUGAGGUUCAUCCUCUUCUAAAUUCAGCGAACCAUCAUAUAGAAAAUUGGCAAGGCAACUCGUAUCAAAAGGAAUAUCUGAAAGUAUACUUUUUAGUUCUUCAAGUAUGUCAUUAUCUUAUGGCUGGCCAGGUAAAGAGCGUGAAACCCUGUUUGAAAUCAUUGCAACAAAGUAUACAGACUAUAAUGUCACCUAGCUGGCCAACAGAUGAUGUGGUAGUCACAGGCUCUAAUAUUGGAGACAUGUUUAUAUGGAUGCCGAAAGACCACCUAUACGUCUUGGUCUAUUUAGUAACCGUUAUGCAUUCUAUGCAAGCCGGAUACAUGGAUAAAGCGCAGAAAUAUACAGACAAAGCGCUUAGUCAAAUUGAAAAACUGAAAAUUAUCGAUAAUAAACCUAUCUUGUCUGUGUUUCAAUUAAUGCUCUUGGAGCAUAUAAUCAUGUGCCGGCUUGUAAUGGGAAACAAGAGUGUAGCUCUUACGGAAAUUUCUCAAGCUUGCCAACUCUGUAGACGGCAGCCUAGGUUACUUCAAGGUCAUAGACCACAACUACAUGUAUUACUAGGUUUAUACGCAAUGUCUAUGAAUUGUAUGGAAGCUGCAGAGGCUCAGUUCACUGCUGCACUCAGAACGUCACAAGAGAGAGAACUCUGGACAUUCGCAAAUUUGAACCUGGCGAUAGUAUAUCUUAGAUCAAAGAAAGAAGCCGAGCUGGGGGUAUUAUUAGAAAGGAUAAAUCCAGAAUCUUUACCAUCGCAUUCUCAUUCUUUGAGGGCAGCUGCAUAUUACGUACAAGGACUUCAAGCUUUCUUUGGUGCUAGAUACAAUGAGGCAAAACGAUAUCUUAGAGAAACCUUAAAAAUGGCAAAUUCGGAAGACUUGAACAGACUCACUUCUUGUAGUCUUGUGCUUUUGGGACAUAUAUUUCUUUCGUUAGGAAAUAGUAGAGAAUCAAUGAAUAUGGUCACACCUGCGAUGCAAUUAGCUUCUAAAAUACCUGAUGUACAUGUACAACUGUGGGCUACUGCCAUUUUAAAAGAUUUAUAUAGGCUUUGUGGUGACCCUACUCAUGAAGCCGAGGCGUAUCAAAUGCAUUGUACAUUCUCUCAAACCCUCUUGAAGGACCAUUUUCAGAGUACUCAAAUAAGUGAGCACUCGCUCAUUCAUUGGAUAGAUGGCCCGGUUCCUGCAUUGCCAGCUAAUCCACCACCAUCUACAUCGCAAGCAAUUCUCUAAUGGUGUAAAAUAUAUUUAGGUGUGUCCACUUUACUUAAAUUGUUCAGCAUUGUCUGAAACCAUGUAUAUUUGUACUAAUUAUCUAUUGAGUUGUAAAAUGAAAUUGAGUUUAGCCUCACACAUUCAUUUUAAAUAUUAAAAGAAUUAUAAUAACAUUUCAGAAAAUUGGAUUUUAUUCCAAACAAGGCGAAAAAUAAGAUUAAUGGAUAUUUGAUAUAUCCAAACUUUUUUAAUACGUGAGAUAUAUAAGAGUAUGACUAGUUAAUAGCAGAGAGCUUAAUAGCAGUUUGCAAUAUUGUUUGAAUCAUUGAAAUUGUACACGGCAGGGACUGACUACAUAUUUAGAUCAUUGAUAUUUUGUUUAUUUGUUUAUUGCAUUAAAUCGGUUUUUUUAUGACAGAAAAUCUAGAUACUUAUCAUUAUAAUGCAGAACAGAUAUUAUAUGCGUUUUUUAGAAUUGUAUGAACCGUUCUGACGCACAAUGCGUUUAAACAAGGUUUAUAUUGCAUAUAUAGGAAAUAGAUGGAA